CACCUCGAACAAAAUCAUUUAAACAAGCAAAUAACAUCUAUCAAACUUAUUAAUGUAUCGGAUAUGCAUUACGGUUACUCAUCUUAAAUUCCGAACAUGUCGUUAAUUCACGUAAGCCAUUACGACACUCGUUACUACGAUGUUCUCACUUUCUUACUUAAAAUGUCCAAUGAUGAAAAAUGUUGAUCGGACGCUCGCGAAAGAAUGUAUGUUCCAUUAAUUUAUUAUUUAUUAUUUAUCAUUUCGUUUACGCGCACGCACAUACAGAGAGAAAGAGAGAAAAAGGGAAACAGGGAGAUUAUUAGUCCGAUAAAACUUUUGUUUUGCUUAAUUGCUAAUUUACUGAACACCGCAUUGUAUAAUGCAUUCUAUCAUUGCAGUAAUAUUACACCGUAUUUCAUUGCUCGCAAACCAAGCGUUAGAGAAUCGUUAUGUAUUCUCGAAUAAAAAGCAAUGUAUUGCGUAGGUUGUAAAUUCGAUAUAAAAUUACAUUUAUCCAAAAUAUAAACGCAAUUUCGCCAUAAUAGUCUAACAUGUAAUCUGGAUGAGACUGUAUUACGAAACGACAACGAAAUAAAACGAAAUCGUUUUCUUCACCUUGUUUCGUAUUCACAGAGCUUAGGCACCCAAUCUUAUGUACUUCGCAUCGCAUAUAAAGACGGAACCGGUUGAACGAAGACCAGUCGAAAAUUUUUUGGUGCACGUCUAACAGUAACAUCGGCAAAAAUGGGGGAAAAUAUUUUAUUCGUGCUCAUUUUCGUCCUCCUUUGCAUCGGGCUAGCGGCGACGUCAGAUUUAUCGGGAUAUAAGCCCAGGGGAUGGCGUCCGGAUGGUCCACGCUUUAAUUCCAAUAAUAAUCGAUUGCAUACAUAUUAUGGUGCUCCGGGAUUAGAAAAUUACGAACCUCCGGAUAGUGCGUUAUCUACGACGACGACACCGCAACCACCAACUACCACUACUUCUACCAGCAUAAAAACUUCGACAACGCCUCGCAAUAGGGAACCAACGACAGCACCAAAUGAGCAACCUGAGGACGAUUUCAAUACGAAUCCAGCACUAGCAGUUGCAAAUUCCUUCGCAUUUAAUCGACCUGUGUACAUUUACAACGCCUUUCCGUUUCCACUAGCUCAAAUUAUCACACAGUAACGCGAGGUAAAUGACAUGAAAUUGACAUGAAAU